AUGCCAGGCUUGACUGUCCGCAAAGGACCAGCUGUAUCCCUAGUCCAAGACCAAGACAUUGUGCUCACGACCGAGCCUGGCUUGUCUGAUCUAACCAUUACCAUCAUCGGUACCAUCUGCAAGAAGUCGCCGUACUUGAAGGCGCUCCUUGACGCUACCAACGAUAAGACGGAGCUGACCUUCGGCGGAGAUGCCGAAUCCAAGAACGAUGGUGAAAACAAGGAGGGUACCCUCAUUUGGCUUACCCAACUUCAUGAGCUCUCUGAGCAGCGCUCGGACGAGUUGGGUCUAUUCGACAUUUCGCUUGUGGGAGUCUGGCAUGCAAUUUCGAUGUGGAAUGCUCACCAAGACGGCAAUAUCAAGGAGAAGUUGGUGGAGUGGUUCAACAAAUGGUACGAGAAGAACAUGGCCAAGGCCAACCUGACCGUUCCGAUAGCUCAAGCUCUCGCGUACCCAUGCUACAUCUUCGACCAUGCUGUUGGCUAUGCACGCGUCACCAGGUACCUCGCCUAUGAGCAUGUUGGACACGUCAAGGAGCGCCCGCCUAAGGGCUUCAAGGGUCCUAAGCACCGUCAUAUCAAUGAGCGAAUGUUUGUUGUCGAUGACGUUCUCAACUACUCCAGUAUCGGCCAGGUCGUGCGCCGCCUCAAGACCUUUGACUACGCGUAUACCCCAAAGUGCAAUCGCUGUCGUAGCAUCGACUGGGAGACCAUCGUCUUGAAGGCGCUUUCCAAUACGCUGGGAUACUUCAAUGGCAUGUGCCUUGACUGUAUGGAUCGCAGCAAGCCUCGCGGAGACAAUCUGGACGAUGAGUACGCGAAGCACAACCAGUCUGUGGGAGGCCGCUGGGAUACGCAGUGCCGCAUCAAGCAUGGACAGCCUACGUGGUACAUCUCCUGGCUCGGUCGACCGGAUAUGCGCGAGAAGAUCCUUCGCGGUCCUGACGGCUACCGCCGCCCUGAGGAAGAGUGA